GCGAAACAUCGAGCAGGUGAUCGACGUCGUGAUAUCGUCAGUUCCUUUCGCAGUUCGAUCGAUCUUCUUCCAAGUUUAGUUCUCUAUUCUCGAAGUUCGAAGAAAUUUCCUCGAAUUGUCGCGUAGCUCAAUAGAGAUCGAUCUUUUGAUACAUCGAAGAAAUCAUUAUGGUGGACGUUGACAUAAAACUCUCGAGAAGCAACAAGAACCAAGCCUGGGGCUUUCGAUUAUCCGGAGGAGCUGACUUUGCUUUUCCUUUGACUGUCGUCAGGGUACUUCUCGGAGGAUUAGCCGAUAAGGCGGGUUUACAAGCUGGCGAUAUAGUGGUCAAAAUAAAUGGGGAAACUGUGCAGCAUUUGAGGCACGUCGAGGUUCACGAUCGCUUUGUCAAAGCUGGAAACGAAAUUAUACUGUCUGUCGUGCGAAAUUUAAAAUUCGAACGAAAAGUUUAACGAAAAUGGUUAUCGACACGUGUCUUGCUAUGAGAUAUCGAGCGACCAUUUUUUGCGCGAACGAUACGAUCUUAUUGAAAGAAUUAUUUUAAUGUUGAAUAAAAUAAUGUACCUUUUUCCAAAUAUUUCUUCAUCUUGAAUUAAGUUAAGUCGUUAAUAUAUACCUAUAUACCUUAUAAUUGGAAACUAUAAUAUAAAUAUUAUCGUUUGUUGGCCGAUCUUCAUGAUGGUUCUGGCAUCGGUAAUCAAGGUCCGUUAAAGCAGGAUUGCAACAUCAUGUUAUCGUUACGUGUCACCGAUUGACCCACAUUGUAAAAUACAAUUUGUCAACUAUUGAUCCGGCCUCGUCUACGAUCUUACCUUUUAUAACAAUGAGUCAUCGGUUUGUUAAAAUGACGUUUUUAAAUACAAAUUUAAUUAAUCGUUAUGUUUUAAUGAUAAAUCGAGAUCCGAAAAUUA